ACAUCAGCAGAUCGGCUCGACUCUUGCACACGCAUUUGCAAUUACACUAUACACGCAUAGCGAUAUCGAUUAACAAUUCCAUAGCCAUAGAAUACAAAGCAGGCAAUACACGUUUCAUGUUACAUAGCGAAUCUAUAAAGUCAGCCAAAAACCUAUAUAGAUUUUCAUUCGUAGUAAAGUGGUAUACGUGCUUUGUGUGUAAAUUACGUGCUGCCCCGUAAUAAAACGUACUUUCGUAUUUGACUCAAUCGAUUUUUCUUUUCAGGCAGUUGAACCAACACACAGCUGCGUGUGUGUUCCACAGCGUAAAUCGUUUGCAGUAUCGUCGUCAUUAUUCGGCACUUAGCCAAGCGCAGCGAAAAUGCGAUUCGAUAAAAUGAUAUGGCCCUAAACCAUUACAGCCACAUACACACUGAAUGCCGUUCAUUCUACGUCACAUUGGUAAUGUGUGUGUAGAGUGUGUGUCUCGGUCGGUCGGAAGCCUCACAAACACAUUUGCACACAAACAUUUACCAAUACACGACCAAACAAAACCGACCUGGCGACAACACACACAAACGCACAUAUGCAUAGGCACAUACACUAGCACAAACCACUACCAGCGUCGUAUUCGACCGCUUCGCUUGUGUGCGUGUCACCGAUGAUGAUGCUCAACAAUGAUUCGUUCGGAAUUCGUUGCUCCGAGUUCAAUAUUUUGGCUGUUUCUGUUUAGUUUGAAUGUGAAUGUGAUUAUGUGCUGACGCUCGUUUGUCUUUUCCUUCGGAAAAUUCAGAAGAAAAAAAAUUCAUCGAAUUUCUGGUGUUGUGAUUUCGAAAAUUGAAAUUGAUUGAAGUGAAGUAAAAAGGAAAAGUAAAAAAAAAAACAACAAUUUGUGGUGAAAAAUAGAAAAGUAAACAAUUUGCAUGUAUUCAAUUGAUAAGAUAUCGGCUAAACCGUGAGCCGAUAAAGAAGUGCUAUAUCAAUAAUCAACGAAAAAACGGCAGAUUAGUUGACCAGCCAGACGAAACUUCAUGAAUAAAAUUCGGAACGCCGUGUGAUCAAGUGUGUAAUUUGAAACGCUUUGAAAAAGUGAACAGAACCGAACCGAACCGAACAAAAUCAAAUCAAAACGAAUAAUCAAACAGUCACAAAAUGAGUGUACAACAACCAAAACGGCAACAGUGUUAUUUGUGCGAUUUGCCGCGAAUGCCAUGGGCAAUGAUCCAUGAUUUCAGCGAGCAGGUUUGUCGCGGGUGUGUGAAUUAUGAAGGAGCCGACAGAAUCGAAUUGGUUUUGGAUGGUGCACGCCAAAUGAAACGGGUUCAUUCGGCCGCUAAGCGUGGCCAUGAGAAUGGUGAAGUCGCUGCACAUCGCAGUAGCUCGAGUGCAGCGGCCGCUGGCCUAGUUGGCGCUCCAUCCGCACAUCAUCAUUCGUAUUCGUUGCAACAAGCAUCCCAACCGGGUGGAACUGGUCCACGUUUAUUGGAUUUCACACCAAAAAUGGAGCCACAUGAUACCGUUCGUCCCGUUCGCAUUCAUAUGCCAAAUCCACCGCAUCAUAUGCCGAUUACCGGUCGGGUUCAAGCACAACCUCCACAGCCGCCGCCAUCGUCGCAACCACCUGUUCCACCAACUCAAGCUCCUUCACAACCAUCGCCACAACAAAUUCCACCCGUAAGUUCUGAUUCAAAGAUGCCUCGAGUUUAUCACCGGUUAACACAAAACUAUUUGCAGAAUUUGUCGACGGUUGGAUUAAAACGGCCAGCUGACGAUGAAGAACCGGAAGGCGGAAGCUCAAAACGUAUUUUGUCGGAAGAUCAAGCGCGUCCACCACUCAGCCGUGGCGACUCAUUGCCAACGGCCCCAUUCGGCGGCGAUCGUCAACCAAACUUCAAGGAUAAACACCCAAUACGGGCUCCAUCAUUCGACACAGCAACAUUCAAAGCAGGCAUUUAUCCAACAUCAAUGCCAUUGCCCAUACCACUGCCAGUUGGGGAUCCAACGCCUCCAGCACAAUCAGCAACUUCACAAAGCCCCAUGGCUAAUUUAAUGUCCAUUACAGAAACUCUACCACCGGGAAGUCCAAGAAAUGGCUCAUCGCCACCAGGACCACCACCGCCACGAACUGCAUCUCGCGGCAGUCAGCAUUCGCCAAACAGCUCAGGCUCGAGCGGAAGACGAUCAUCAGGUUCACGGCAUGUUUCAAGUACGACAGUAACAUCAUCCGAAGCACAGCAGCAACAGCAGCAGCAACAGCAACAGCAACAAAACGCACAAGGCAAUUUGCCAGGCGUUCCGAUUCCAGUCAGCAAUGCAUCAAAUCUCAGUGUAAAUGCUCCGCCACCUGCUGAAGGUCUUGUGCCAUCAACUGGUAACACAACAGCUGGCGCCACUCCAGCACCAAACCCAACGCUGAAGUGUACAUUGUGCCAGGAACGUCUGGAAGACACACAUUUUGUUCAGUGUCCAUCAGUGAAUCAUCACAAAUUCUGUUUCCCAUGCAGCCGCGAGAGCAUCAAACGACAGGGUUCCGGUUCCGAAGUAUAUUGUCCCAGUGGUGAUAAGUGUCCGUUGGCAAACUCAACAAUUCCAUGGGCAUUUAUGCAAGGCGAAAUCGCAACCAUUCUUGGCGAAGAGCUGAAAGUGAAGAAAGAGCGCGAAACUUAAAAUGGAAAUUGCUAACGAAAUAUGGAUUUAAUGUGAAUAACAAACAAGAAGAAGAAUGAGAAGACGAAAACAAUUGUUCAGGAAACAUACGAUCAGUGUGACUCUGGUAAAAAUUUAAACGCAACGUAAACGAUAUCAACAGAAUUUUGUAACAUCUCAACGAAGUCGAAUCGUUUUAUGUCGGCCAGAUGAAAUUGAUCAAUCAAAACUGAUUUGUAUUUAAUAUCUAACUGAUGAAACAAAAAACAAGUUUGUUCUUUUUUAAAUUGUAACAAAAAGCCGAUAACACAAGAUCAUUUUUAAUGAAUGUAAUUGAUGAUUACGUUACCUUUUCUUCAACGAUCGCUUUUUGACACGUACACUUGAAUAUAUGAAUAUUUGAGGCAGAACCAACUAAACCUAUUUCGUAUCGCAUUAAAGAAAUCCAUAUGUAUUCAUUGUCAUACCGUAUACACACUUACAAUGGAAUAGCGCCGUUUUUAAGGAAACCAUCAAUUGGUUUUAAAGUGAAGUGAGGCAGGCGGCAGCAGCAGCCAUCAAAUUUUUUGGAUUUUGAUUUUAAGAACAAAAUCAACCGUGUCGAAUUGUGUUUAAUCAGAAAAUGGAUUGAAAGCUAGGUUAUUGUAUGAAAGAAUACAUCAAACCAUUUAUUCGUGAAACGAUGCGCGAUUUUUCUUGAGCAAUAUUUGUAGUGAAUAAUCUAUUGAAUAAUUCAAUAACAUUUAUUAUUAUACAAAUGAGGACUAUAAAAUAUGACAUUGAACAUUUUAAUGGAACAUUUAACUGAUAAGAUGAACAUACAUGUAUUGUGAACCAUUUGUUUUCCUUCUCGGACAUCAUGUACAUGUCGCACCGAGAGAAAACCCAGAAAUUGGUCUUUUUAUCCUGCUUACAACAAGAUUUACCUUGCAAAGUUGGAUGAUUUUAUUAUUAUUAACAUAAACACACAUACACAAAAACUCCAAUAAAAA